UAUACUUAGCCACGCGAGAGAUCGAUAAGAAAAUGUCCAACUUCCUGCAAUUUUUGGGGCAACAUGUGACCACUUCCUUCUUCCUGAAUCCCUUUGUUUUAGCUAUCUUGUCCGCCAUCUUCAUACUUCUCAUGUUCAAAUGGUCCUCCACCCUUCCAAGCACAAAACAUAACUCACCACCUUCUCCAUCAAAGCUCCCAAUCAUUGGAAACCUUCACCAACUAGGCUUGCAGCCUCACCGUUCACUCAGAUUCUUAGCUCAACGCCAUGGCCCCCUCAUGCUGCUUCACUUUGGCAGCGUCCCAACCCUUGUUGUUUCAUCUGCCGAUGCUGCCAGAGAGAUCAUGAAAACCCAUGACCUCAUCUUUGCAAACCGGCCCAAAUCAAGCAUGUUCGAGAAACUGCUAUACAAUUACAAAGAUGUGUCAAUGGCCCCCUACGGCGAAUACUGGAGGCAGAUGAAGAGCGUAUUAUGCGUGCUACAUCUUUUGAGUAACAAAAGGGUUAAGUCCUUUCGCGGUGUUAGAGAGGAGGAAACCACCUUGAUGAUUCAGAAGAUCAAACAGUCGUGUUAUUCUUCAGGUACUGUGAAUUUAAGCGAAGUGUUUGCAAAGCUUACAAAUGAUGUAGUGUGCAGGGUGAGUUUAGGAAGGAAAUAUAGUGGAGGGGAAGAAGGUGGGAGCAAAUUUAAGGAACUUUUAGGGGAUUUUGUGGAGCUGUUGGGUAUUAUCAGUGUUGGGGACUAUAUUCCAUGGCUUGCUUGGGUGAGCCGUGUAAAUGGCUUGGAUGCUAGAACAGAGAAGGUGGCUACACGGCUGGAUAAUUUUCUAGAAGGAGUACUUGAAGAGCACACAAAUUUUCAGAAGAAAGCCAGGAGUGAUGGCCAUGUGAGUCCAGAAAAUGAAGAUCAGAAAGACUUUGUUGAUGUUCUUCUUUGGAUUCAGAAGGAAAACGUGAUCGGUUUUCCUGUCGAAAGAGCUAGCAUCAAGGCUGUAAUCCUGGAUGUAUUCGCCGCUGGAACUGACACUGUGUAUACAGUUUUAGAGUGGGCAAUGACAGAGCUGUUAAGACACCCAAACGCCAUGGAGAAGGUGCAGAAUGAGGUGAGAGGGAUCAGUACCGGCAAGGAAAGAGAAGUAACAGAGGAUGAUUUGAAUAAAAUGCAUUACUUAAAGGCAGUAAUCAAAGAGACAUUUCGGUUGCAUCCACCAAUUCCACUGCUAGUUCCUCGGGAAUCGACUCAAAGUGUCAAAUUACAGGGCUAUGACAUUGCAGCAGGAACACAAGUAAUAGUCAAUGCAUGGGCAAUUGGAAGAGACCCAACAUCAUGGGAUGAACCAGAGGAGUUUCACCCAGAGAGGUUCUUGACAACCUCAAUAGAUGUGAAAGGACAUGACUUUGAGUUAAUCCCAUUUGGUGCUGGAAGGAGGAGUUGCCCAGGCAUUCCUUUUGCCCUCACUAUUAUCGAGCUCGUUUUGGCAAAUCUGGUGCAAAAGUUUGAUUGGGCGUUGCCUAAUGAAGCAAGUGGACAGGAUUUGGACAUGUCUGAAUCUAUUGGUCUAACAAUUCAUAGAAAGUUUCCUCUUACAGCAGUUGCAACUCCAUAUUUUGAUUAGUAUAUAAUAUGCAUUAGCAAAAGAAUAUGUUAAACAGGAGAUCAGGAUUAUGUGAAGCAGCUAGUAGGAGUCUAGAGAGAUCAGUUCUGUAUCAAGCCAUAGAAUUCAUCUCAUCAAUUAGUGUUCUGAUCUCUAUCUAUUAGGUUCUUAUGUUUAUCACUUCAUCUCUAUCGUCAUUGUAAGGCUAUUUAAAGCCACGUAAUCUAUGGAAUAAAGCAGUUUUUAAAGUAGUAAA